UUGCCUAUGAAGCCACAGCAGAGAGCUUUGCUUUCAAGCCUGUCAACCCCUGGGGUGGGAGAUGGAGGGUAUUGUUGAACAGUGAGUGUCAAUGAAGCAUCUCCCUUUCGGUAUGGCAUGGGUUAAACCGACGUAUCCUCUUACCUCCCCCCUCUGCUUUCAGUGGAGUGGAGAGAGAGAGCGAGGACAUGAAUUGCUGCAUUGAUGAGCAUUUUUGGCUAAAGUGGUCGCUGUUUUAAACGUCAUCUCUUAUUAGAUGGCACUAAAAUGGUCUAAAUGUUUCUAGCAUCUACAUGUUUUGGAAGCUGGUCACCAGAUAACCGUGUGCAUUGAUAAGUGUCCAUAAUUAAGUUUGACAAUGGGCUGUUGACAUUUGUUCUUGCUGAAUGAUCGUUCGUAUGGAUUGUGAGGUAAAACGAAAUGUCCUUGGUCUAGUUUCAGAUCGGUCCUUCUUAGCGACACUACACACAGGAGAAGGGUUAGAAGGCAGAGCCGAUUGAGUCAAACCACCUCCUGGUUAAACUCAUAUCCAAUGUAAGAAGAAAAAUCCAGGUCACAAACAGCAACAAUCGAUUGCUUCAGUGAUCUGGAGUGACAGGAAGACUCCUCUUUGACUCAGUAAGUCUUCUGUACCACCAGGCUUAUUCUUGGGAUGGGGUUUGGAAGGAACACCUUGGUCUGCUUGCUUCUGGACAGCAAGAAUUCCUACCCUACGAGAGGAAGUUGAAUACUGUCGCUGUCUUGUCUGGAGACCACUGGGUGAAAUUAUAUCCGAUCCAGGAGCUGUCCAGCCUCUAUGUGGAUGUUAUAAGUGCUUUCCGAAGGGGGUCAUCUGGAGUGGUCUCUGUAUUUUACGGGGAGAUUAUAUAUUUGACAUUGGACUUUUUUUUUCUUUUUCCACUAAAUUUCUGUAUCAUCUGCGGAAAAGUCAUGGAAUUGGAAAUCUCUUAGUUUUGUGCCUGUAACCUAGUACUUUUUUAAUAUCCAUAUUUUCCCUUCGCCCAGAUCAUAUUAAUAUGUAUGAGAUGGAAAAGCAAGGAUUGUUUAGUGCCCUGUGUUACCUGAUGCUGAACACUCCGCUGUUAUUUAGUGUUAAUGCCACAUUCACUGAAGUCCCCAAAGAUGUGACUAUAAGGGAGGGUGAGGAUAUUGAGAUGCCUUGUGCUUUUCGGGCCAGAGGAUCAACAUCUUUCUCAUUGGAAAUCCAGUGGUGGUACCUUAAGGAGGCAACCAGGGAAAUGGCCCAAGAAGUAGCCAUCAGUGCCCCUGGGAACAGGAAUAAGGUCACAUCGAGUAAGGAUGCCACUAAAAUCAGUACUGUACGAGUACAAGGCAAUGACAUUUCCCACCGACUGAGGCUGUCCAACGUCAAGAAGCUGGACGAGGGGGUGUACGAGUGCCGGGUGUCAGAUUUUGGGGAUGAUGAGACUCAGGAAUACAAAGCCCAGGCCAUGCUCCGGGUCAUUUCUCGCUUCUCACCGCCAGAUAUACAGGCCGCCGAGGCAGUAUCGCAUAUUCAGAGCAGCGGGCCCCGUAGGAACAACCCCAGCAGCAGAGCCACCCCAGAACCCGGCAACAAACGCCCCGUGCCCCCGGGAGAUCAUUUGGCCCCAUCUCCCUCCACUGCAGCAGCAGCAGCCUCCUCCUCAGCUUCCCCCGCUCCUGGAAAAGCAGCCAUCCUGCGGCAGCAGCACGGGUCAGAUUUUCAUUUAUGUAAAAGAAAUGUUGAUGACUGCGAGUACCAGGCGGUGCCAUUAUGUGAACUUCUGUUUGAUGCUUAUUCUAUUUUUGCAAAGGGGUGUUUAAACCUAUGAGAGCAGACCUAAAGGUUUCUCUUUGCAGAACAUUGAUAUUCUGUGCUUCGAAGUUUAAGAAUUCUUCUUUCAGAAUACAGAUCAGCCUGUGAUAUGUUCUCUCAGCACUGUGUAAUGUAUCGGCUUCUUUCUGUAAAAAACAUUUGAUGCCAUGGGAACAAUAAAUCAAGUCUGGGAUGACAAUGACAUUUUAAAACUUAAACUAGGCAAAUUAUACAGAUCACGUCCAUGAGUAAAGUUGUUUUUAUUUUUUUCUGCUUUACUUUCCCACACAAUUAAAAUGUUACAUUUGCUGUGACCUUGAGCAUGUAAGUUACAUGAAGGUAAUCACUUUUCGACUGCAGGAAAAAGUCACCUCUGAACUCAAACAAUUGUGAUCAUGUGUAUUUUCCACAAUCACUAGCAUAUUUAAGUAAAUUGAAUGGAUUAAUUGCUUUAUGGGAGGAAACACAUCAAACACAAAAACAAAUUGCAGCAACUAUGAGGAAGUGCAUGAAAAAAAUAUAUAGUGUUGUAUAUUUGACUAAUUGUAUCACCACAAAGUGUAAAGGGCUGCAAAUUUACACUGUAUAUGGAGCCAUUCCAAAUAAAGCAAACCAUGUAAAAGAAUAUGUGAAUCCUCCACCAAUCAUAUGGUAAGCAUGCCUACUGCCCUGACACACAGAGAUAAAUGACAAAUAUUGUCCAAAGAGGGAACACAGAGACUUCACGAUGAACACCAAGGGGGUUAUUUAUUAAAGUCUAAAUGCCAAAAACUCAAAAGAAUUUAGUUGUUUUAGCUAUUUUUAGUGGAAAAACAACUCCUUUUUUUAGAUUUAUU